AUACACAGAUUUGUGUAAUGUAAGAUUUUAAGUAUGACUUUGAAUAUAUGUAUGUACAUAUUUAAUGUAUAUACUUGAACAAGAUACUCCCUUUUUGAUCCAGAUAAAUUACAAACUUACAUGUUUAUGUAUGUAUCUAUUAAUCAAUCACGUCCCAAAAAAGUGAUUCUAAUUACAAAUGUAGAUAAUGCUUCGCUUCACUACGUGUUCCAAUGAGCCAUUUGCAGUUUCAUCAAGUUGUAUAAAAUGGAACAUCAAAUCAAAAGAUUAAAUCAAAAAUCAGCAUGAUGGCUCAAAUCAAAGUAUUGUCAACAUUUCUGUUCAUCCAUUGUGUGGCAUCAAAUGAAAUUUCCUUUUUUAAAAGUUCCAACUAUGCUCAUCAUGCCCGUCAAUAUAACAACAAUAACAUCGCCACGCACCGAAAACUAAUAUCAUCACCAUCCUCAGCAUCAGCAUCUCCAAUUCAAUACUUGGAAACACCUGAUUAUGAAAUUAUGCUCCUAACUGAAGAAAAUUCCAAUCCGACAUGGAGAAAAUAUUCAGAACUCUUUCAACCGAAAGAUAUGAGAACGGCACCACUAUUUGAGAAACUACACAAACAAACAACACCAUCAACACUUUCAACAACAACAACAACGAAUGGUGCUGGAUCAGCUUAUAACCUAGAUCCAGUUAUAGAUCGUAUAUUAAAUUUGCUUGAUAAUGAUGAACAAAAGAUGUUAGAUGAUCUGAGGAAGACUUUUGAAAAACCAACUUAUUCAAAUAAUGCUAAUAGCCCUCCUCCUCAAAGAAGAAGAAAACCAUCACCGCCAAAUAGAGUGAGUAGUUCAGGGAUUUCGAAAAACCAUCACCAGAAGCCUAAAUCACAUCCACAUCAGGUGAGGGACUUCCUCUAUAAGGUACCUUGCAAUGAAGGAUAUGUUUUUCUUGUUGAAAGUCAAAAGAAUCCAAUGAAUCCAAGCGCAUUGAGUGAUUUGCUUUUGAGAGUGAUGAAAGUUGUAACCAAAAUGUCUUGAUAUUCUUUUUUUAUUUUUGUGCAUCUAAGUAAAAUAAA